CUUGAUGAAUAUUGUUUUCGUUUUAUUUCUCAGGUAGAACUGGAUUGUCACACUGGUCGCACAGCCACUCUGUCUAUACAAUACGGGGAAUUAAAAAGUGCAAUGCCAUCUUACCUUCAUAGCAAAGUGCUAUCGCCCGAAACUCAGUCAUCCGUCAGACUAAACGUGAUCUCCCAUGAACAGUUCUUCAUUGUCUGUGUAAAGACCGGUCCGUCAACUUCCACCUGUCACUGCGCUAAGUUUGUACAGUGGAAGGCACUGGUACUAUGUGCGAGUCAUGUAGCAGUAACCGCCUCAAAGUCUCUAUUGGCUGCGCCGUCAGUUUGGUUUUCGUAAUUAUCGGACUCUAUUUUGCUUUCCGUGGACACCAGGAGGCGAGAGCCCAGCAGGUGUGUUAUGACGGCCUGGGUUGUUUCUCGCGCGGAGGGGACUUCCCUGACGCCCUGCCCCAGUCUCCCGGCGAGAUCAACACACAGUUCCUGCUGUACACCCGCAACAACCCCGCCACCGAGCAGAGCAUCAUGUAUGACGACUCCAGCAGUGUCGUCAACUCAUACUUCGACAGCUCGAAGAAAAUAAAGAUCCUUAUCCAUGGCUACAUGGACGACAAGACGGAGGAAUGGCUGAUCCUGGCGCGAGAGGCCAUCCUGGCCAGAGAGGACGUUAACGUGAUCGUGGUGGACUGGGGCGGUGGCGCCAACAGCAUCAACUACAUCCAGGUGGCGGCAAAUACCCGCGUGGUGGGGGCACAGAUCGCUAGACUCAUCACAUAUCUCAUGCAACUGACGUUCGUGUCGGAGUCGUCCGUCCAUCUGAUCGGGCACAGCCUGGGGGCGCACAUCAGCGGGUACGCCGGGGAGAGACUGCAGCCCAGACCGGCCAGGAUCACAGCCCUGGAUGCGGCUGAGCCAGGUUUCCAGGGCAUGCCGACACACGUGCGCCUGGACCCGUCAGACGCCAUGUUUGUGGACGCCAUACACACUGAUGGAGAGAGUAUUCUCGCAUUAGGAUUUGGAAUGUCCCAGGCUGUCGGCCAUCUUGACUUCUACCCAAACGGAGGCUCAGAACAGCCUGGAUGUGAACAAAGCAUCCUGGACUUCAUCAUAUCGGAGGGCCUCAUAGACGGCAGCAAGUAUUUCGUCACCUGCAACCACAAGAGAGCUUCCCGGCUGUUUAUCGAGUCCAUCAGCUCGAACUGCCCGUGGCUAGGCUACCCGUGCUCGGACUGGGAGGCGUUCCAGGCCGGCAGGUGCCUGUCGUGCGGUGCGGCGGGGUGCCACAGGAUGGGGUACGAGGCUGACAAGAACACCCUGUCGGCAGGGGCGCAAAACGUCAAGCUGUAUUUUACAACAGAGGGGGAGUCUCCGUACUGCCACCGUGAGGAACACCGGGUGAGCCUGACCAUGUCGGCGGGAGCAGACUCCAGGGAGGUGCAGGAGAUGUACGUCACCCUGCACGGGACUGGCGGGUCUUCCCAGCAGGUCAUGGUUGUCGAAGACGACAAAGACUUUGAGCCAGGCCAGACGUACGUGUUUAUGGUGGGGACGGCUGAAGACCUGGGUACGGUGACUAGUGUGGACAUUCAGUGGGAGGAGGAUGACGACUGGUACAACCCCUUCACCUGGUUCAAUUCCCCCACCCUGGUGCUGGACAGGCUCACGGUAGACACCGCCGGGCUUAACACCUUCAGCACGGCCACGUUUUGUAGCAGUCCGAACGGCUUGGCGGAGGGUCAAACCAUUUCCCUCCAUGUCGGGGGGUGCGGUGGCCCUAUCACCGGAUAGACAGAUAUAAGUACGAAGUUCCUGUGUGAAGUCCGAUUAAACGACUCGCAAACAUGUACCUUGUCUUCAAAUACUUCUGGAAAUCUACGUAAAACGUUGAUGCUUAAGUUAAGAAUAUCAUUUAAGUU